UGGAGGGGUCCGGCGCUGCGCUGGGCGUGGGCCGGGGCCUGCUGCGCCGGGGGGGCUCUGCAGUGCUUUCUUGUCAGCAAUGGCAAAGCCACAAAGCAAGGAUUCCGGCCUGAAGGAGAAGUUUAGGAAUCUCUUGGGAUUGGGAACAUCCCGGGGAAGUUCAAAGUCUUCAGAGGGAAAGCAGACAGAAUUCAUCAUCACUGCGGAAAUUCUCAAGGAACUCAGCAUAGAAUGUGGAUUAAGUAAUAGGAUACGAGCAAUUGGCCAAAUCUGUGAAGUGGCAAAAACUAAAAAAAUUGAAGAGCAUGCAGUGGAAGCAAUAUGGAAAGUGGUAGCUGAUAUGCUGCAGCCAGAACGCCCAGUUGAAGCCAGACAUGCUGUUCUUCAUCUACUAAAAUCAAUAAUUCAAGGACAGGGUGAGAGAUUAGGGAUCCUCAGAGCACACUUUUUUAAGGUGAUUAAGGACUAUCCAUCCAAUGAAGACUUACAUGAACGACUUGAGGUGUUCAAGGCUCUCACAGAGAAUGGACGAUACAUAACCUACUUGGAAGAAGAAUUGGCUGACUUUGUACUGCAGUGGAUGGAUGUUGGUUUGUCUUCUGAAUUCCUUCUGGUUUUAGUGAACCUGGUGAAAUUCAACAGCUGCUAUCUGGAAGACUAUGUAGCUGACAUGGUCCACAAGAUAUGCUUGUUGUGCAUUCAGACAUCAUCAUUUGUGGACAUAGAGAUUUCCUUGCAAGUCCUUGAUGCAGUUGUUUGCUAUAAUUGUCUACCGUCAGAGAACCUGCCAGUAUUUAUCAUCACUUUGUGCCGUACCAUCAAUGUGAAAGAACUCUGUGAGCCAUGCUGGAAGCUGAUGCGCAACCUUUUGGGAACCCACUUGGGGCACAGUGCCAUCUACAACAUGUGCAGGAUCAUGGAAGACAGAGCUUACAUGGCAGAUGCAGCGCUGCUGAGAGGAGCUGUGUUCUUUGUUGGGAUGGCCCUCUGGGGUGCUCAUCGACUCAAUUCACUCAAGAAUUCCCCAACGUCAGUGCUGCCUUCGUUCCUCAAGGCUAUGACAUGUCCCAAUGCGGUUGUAUCUUACGAGAUAGUUCUGUCCAUAACACGUCUAAUAAAGAAAUAUGGCAAGGAGCUGCAAGCUGUAACAUGGGAUAUCCUUUUGGACAUCAUGGAGCGAUUACUCCAACAGCUACAGAGUCUAGAGAGUCAAGAACUUAAGUCCAUUGUACAUGAUCUUUUGACUACAGUAGAAGAACUCUGUGACCAGAAUGAAUUUCAUGGCUCCGAAGAGAGAUUUUUUGAGCUGGUGGAAAGAUGUGCUGAUCAGAGGCCGGAAUCUUCUGUAUUAAACUUGAUAACAUACAGAGCUCAGUCCAUUCAUCCUGCCAAAGAUGGCUGGAUUCACAACCUGCAGAUGUUAAUGGAGAGAUUCUUCAGGAAUGAAAGUCGUAGUGCUGUUCGUAUUAAAGUUCUGGAUGUUUUGUCCUUUGUCCUGAGCAUUAACAGACAAUUCUAUGAGGAAGAGCUAAUUAACUUGGUUGUGAUCUCUCAACUGGCCCACAUUCCAGAGGAUAAAGACCAUCAAGUCCGAAAACUGGCCACUCAGCUACUUGUAGACCUGGCUGAAGGCUGCAACACACAUCACUUCAACAGCUUGCUUGAUAUCAUAGAAAAGGUGGCUGCACAUUCUCUCUCGUCUCCCUCUGAACUUGAAGAGAGAGACUUGCUAUCAUAUUCAGCUUCUUUAGAGGAUGUCAAGACAGCAGUUCUUGGACUCCUGAUAAUUCUUCAGACAAAACUCUACAGCUUACCUGCCAGCCAUGCAAUGAGGGUGUAUGAGAUGCUAAUUCAUCAUGUCCAACGCCAUUAUAUAUAUGCAUACAGCCUUGCUGUUGCUAGCAGCAUCAGAUUGCAGGUCUUUGACUUCCUGCUCAUGCUUCGAGCUGACUCUCUCCACCGUCUUGGCCUUUCCAACAAAGAUGGAGCAGUGAGAUUCAGCCCUUAUUGUCUAUGUGAUUUUGUAGAAGCAGAGAAGAGGACUUCUGAGAAAAAGCCUCCUGGUACACUCUCUCCACCUUCAGGAAGUCCCAGUGUGCCUUCCCAGAAUGCUACCAUUCGUAUAGGACAUUUGCCAUACUCAAUGGUCUUUGGUGUCCUUCUGCAGUGUUUGAAGCAAGAGACAGACUGGAAAGUGUUAAAGUUGGUCCUCAACAAGUUACCAGAAUCCCUCCACUAUAAAGUGCUAUUCUUAACCUCUCCUUGUAACAUAGACCUCCUGGCCUCUGCACUGAGCUACAUGCUCACAGACAAAAAGACUACUGACAGGCUACAUGGUACCCCAGAAGGCUUCUCUCGCACUGAUUUGCAUCUGGCUGUAGUUCCAGUACUGACGGCAUUAAUAUCUUAUCAUAAUUACCUGGACAAAGCUAAACAGCGUGAAAUAGUGUAUUGCCUGGAACAUGGUCUUAUUUAUCGAUGUGCAAACCAGUGCGUUGUGGCACUCUCUGUCUGUAGCAUCGAGAUGCCUGAUAUCAUCAUAAAGGCACUUCCUGUCUUAAUAGUCAAAUUAACCCACAUUUCUGCUACUGCCAAUAUGGCAAUCCCUCUCUUAGAAUUUCUUUCAACUCUAGCAAGGCUGCCUCACCUUUACAGGAACUUUGCAGCAGAGCAGUAUGCUAGUGUGUUUGCCAUCUCCCUACCAUACACAAAUCCUUCCAAGUUUAACCAGUACAUUGUUUGCCUCGCCCAUCAUGUGAUAGCUAUGUGGUUCAUUCGGUGUCGACUUCCCUUCCGGAAGGACUUUGUCCCGUAUAUUACAAAGGGUUUGCGCUCAAAUGUCCUCCUCUCCUUUGAUGACACGCCAGAGAAGGACAGUUUCAGGGCUCGUAGUACAAGCCUGAAUGAGAGGCCAAAAAGUAGUUUAAGACUAGCCAAAAAUGCAAAGCAAGGCUUGAAUAACUCUCCUCCAGUGAAAGAGCUGAAAGAAUCUUCUGCAGUUGAUGCCUUCCGAUCCCGCAGCAUCAGUGUGUCUGAACAUGUGGUCCGCAGUCGGAUACAAACAUCCAUCACUAGUUCAAGCCUGGGCUCUGCGGAUGAAAAUUCAAUGGCUCAGGCUGAUGACAAUUUAAAAAAUCUCCAUCUGGAACUCACUGAGACCUGUCUGGAUAUGAUGGCCCGCUACGUCUUUUCAAACUUCACUGCAGUGCCUAAGAGGUCUCCUGUGGGUGAGUUUCUGUUGGCUGGAGGAAGGACAAAGACAUGGCUGGUUGGUAACAAGCUAGUGACUAUCACUACAAGUGUUGGAACGGGGACAAGGUCCCUGCUUGGCCUUGACUGUGGAGAGCUCCAAAGCAGCACAGAAUCAAGCUCAGACCCUGUUUCACAAGUCAGACAAACUAAAGAAGCUCCAGCAAAGCUAGAAUCUCAAGCUGGGCAGCAGGUUUGCAGAAGCUCUCGCAACAGAGUCAGAUCCAUGUCUGGUGGUCAUGCCUUACGUGUUGGUGCCUUAGACAGUUCAACCUCUCAUUUCCCCAGUGGCUCAGCUUCCCAAGGGAUACAGAAUCCUCCAGCUCCUGCAUCUCGAACAGAGAAGACAAAUCCUGCUGCACAGACACCUUUGCAGAAAGAAAAAGCAAACUUAGCUGCAUAUGUCCCUCUGCUGACACAGGGCUGGGCAGAAAUCCUAGUGCGCAGACCCACAGGUAACACAAGCUGGCUAAUGAGUCUGGAGAACCCGCUCAGUCCUUUUUCUUCAGAUAUCAACAAUAUGCCCCUGCAAGAGCUCUCCAAUGCACUCAUGGCUGCAGAGCGUUUUAAGGAACACCGAGAAACAGCUCUCUAUAAAUCCCUCUCUGUCCCAUCCUCCAGCUUGGCCACUGGGACAGCGAAGCCAUCCCUUCUCCAACGUUCCAAUACAGUGGCCUCUUUCUCUUCCAUGUACCAGUCCAGUUGUCAAGGGAAGUUGCACAGGAGCAUAUCCUGGGCAGAAUCAGCGGUAGUGCUGGAGGAAGGGAGCCCGUCAGAAAUGGAGCUGAAGGAAACUGAUUCCCCAGCUGAGUCUCCAGAGAGUGAAGAUUUUGAGGCUGCAUGCCCAGAUCAAGUCCUGAAUGAGGAAAGAUUUGGUAAACCCCAGGAAACAUACAGCAGGUCCUCCUCGACCUCUAGUCAAGAGGAAAAAUCUCUGAAAUCAGAAGACUUGGUAGAGGGUGGAAUUUCUAUCGGGAGAGUCCUCCCUUCAGAGGAUGGCCGAACGCUGGAGGAACUUUCCUUUCAGCCGUCCCAGCCGCUCAGCAAGUCGAGCUCUUCCCCUGAACUACAGACACUGCAGGAGGUUCUCAAAGAUGCAAAUGGCAGAGAAGUAACAAGAAGGCUGAGCACAGAAGUGAAAUCAAAAUCUCAGUCUGGGAACCUGGAAGGGGAAGGGCUGGGCAGUUGGUUGGGCAGGGGGGAGGAUGCCAGAGCAACUGGAUCAGACGGGUUGGAUGGUGGUGUGCCUGCUGCCUCGCCUCGCUCCCCCACUGGGCACCGGCCCAGAGGAUACACGAUCUCUGACUCGGCCCCAUCAAGGAGAGGCAAAAGGAUCGAGAGAGAUGCCUUCAAGAGCAGAACAGCAGCUUCCAAUGCUGAGAAAGUACCUGGAAUAAACCCAAGCUUUGUGUUUUUGCAGUUGUACCACUCCCCGUUCUUCGGAGACGAAAACAACAAGCCCCUUUUGUUGCCAAAUGAGACAUUUGAAAGAUCAGUGCAGCUCCUGGAUCAAAUUCCUUCUUAUGAUACGCACAAGAUCGCAGUGCUCUAUGUUGGAGAAGGCCAGAACAACAAUGAAAUUGCUAUUCUGUCAAAUGAACAUGGAUCCUAUCGCUAUACAGAGUUCCUGACUGGGUUAGGGAAGCUCAUUGAACUCAAGGACUGUCAACCUGAUAAAAUUUACCUUGGUGGCCUUGAUGUGUGUGGGGAGGAUGGACAGUUCACCUACUGUUGGCAUGAUGACAUUAUGCAAGCCAUUUUUCACAUUGCUACUCUGAUGCCCACUAAGGAUUUGGAUAAAUAUCGCUGUGACAAGAAAAGGCACCUUGGGAAUGAUUUUGUUUCUAUCAUUUAUAAUGAUUCUGGAGAAGAAUUUAAACUGGGAACAAUAAAGGGUCAGUUCAACUUUGUGCAUGUUAUCAUCACACCUCUGGACUAUGACUGUAAUCUGGUGACACUGCAGUGUCGGAAAGAUAUGGAGGGGCUCGUAGACACAAGUGUUGCUAAGGUCAUCUCUGAUAAGAACCUGCCGUUUGUAGCACGUCAGAUGGCCCUGCAUGCUAAUAUGGCUUCCCAGGUUCACCACAGUCGGUCAAACCCUACUGACACCUACCCAUCCAAAUGGAUUGCAAGGCUACGUCAUAUCAAGAGGCUGCGACACCGGCUACGUGAAGAAACCCAGUACCAGACUCCUGGCCUCCCCCUGCAAAUGCAUCCAUCUGCUCCAGCAAAGCCCCCUCCCCAAGUAUCUCAAGACCCUCCACCAACCUACGAGACCGGGCAGAGGAAGCGGCUGAUCUCCUCGGUGGAUGACUUUACGGAGUUUGUGUAAACCCUGGUGCGGUCGGUGUGUCUGUUCUCAGACAUACGAGGCAGCGAAUGCUCUUUGCCCUGCAUGCUGACGCCGUGCAGCCACGUGGAUGUAGAUGAGUAGAGUUUGGCAGACUCGGUGUGGCUGCGUUGCUUUCACGUGAACUUGUCACUGAACCGUACCACGAGGCUUGAACGUGUUUCGUUGUCUCGACUUGCCGCUAAGGACGCUGUGUCCCCAGCAGAUGCUCCGAGAGGACCAACUCUGUGUUUGUUUUUAUUUGGCUUGAGCUAUUUCAAGGUUUCCAUCAUCUCUGCUGGCAACUUUCUUGCAAAACCUUUCUCUAGGCUCCUUUGACACCAGUGUCUGGUGGGCGUGGAAGAGAGCGAGGCACUGUGGUGUUCUGCACUUCAUCACGUAGUUGGAAGGAGUAGGAAUUGAGGGAGUUUUGACACCUUUAUUGGGGUUUGAAUACAAUGGACUGAAAAUCCAGUCACUGUUUCCGAGCAUCCUGAAAUCUCUGUUCCUCUCCAGGCCUCAGUGCCUUUUGGCUCUUGAGCUCUACGGUCUCAGACUUGUUCUGCCGCCAGGUCUGGUAAGAGUUAAUUUGGGCUCUAAAGUUACCUGCCAAAUACGCUGCUUAAAUUUCCAAGAACCUCUCUCCAUUUUGAGCCUUGCAGUGAGCCCUCCCUCUUGCAGCGGCGAUGUUUUUGCAAACGAAAGGAAUGCAGAGCAAGGCAGCGGGUGCCAGCGAGCAGAGCGGUAGAGCGGUAGAGAGCGCUGGUGUACGAAUCACUUGUGAUAAGGACGGUCUGCCCCAGAGAGUCAGACCCUGCAAGGAUUUAGCUAGGGGCCAAACCUUGCUUUUAGGUUCAGCUGCAGAAUCUCUACUAAUUGUUUGGGGAUGAUUCUCGUCCCUUUCUGUGCAGCUGGUAAAUCUGCUUUAUCUUCCCUUUUUCAAGAUUGUUGACUCGUCAUUGCGGCAUCAUCUCUGAAUGAGUUUUGCCUAUUGCACUAAUCACAUAGUGGGAGUCUCUCCUCCCGGGAUGCCGGCUGUUGGCACAAGCAGCCCUUUUCAAUGGGAUUAUGUAGUCCAUCUUGUGGCAAGAUGGUCAUCAGACACUACACAACCUUACUGGGAGAAACAAUGUAAGCUGGACUAUACUGUGAGUACUUUAUCUCCUGCUUUGUGAAUAAAGUGUGACUUUUUGGAUCAUGGAUAACAGCAAAGCGCUUGGAAUGGAGUUAAAGACGAAUGCAAUGAGCACAUGGAGGUGCAAAGUGGCAGGCAAGGAGAGAAAAGAGAUGCUACUAACUGAUGCAAGACUGGGAACUCUAUGUUGUGUUUUGAGUGUUUAUAAGUAAGUAAGUCAUAAAGGAAAUAAAGUAUUUGUAUGGUCGGUGAGUUGUUGCUGGCCUGGGAAGAGUCAAAUUGUGUCUAGUAGUAAUGUAAAUUCCUCCCUUUCCCCCUUUCAGUUCUCAGAUCCGUAUCACUCACUCACGUUUCAGGAACCACUGCAGGUGCUGGAUGUGGUGGUCUUCGUGGCCGACGUUCAUGUCUUUGUAUUGGAGCAAUUCCUGCAGCGCAGGUGCUGCAGCUUCCCUUCAGCGUGACCACGUCCUGGUUCAGCUUCUGAGAAUGGCGGCUGGAGGUGGCGGAGCAGGUACCACCUGCAGCCGAGGGCCUGGCGCCCGUGGGGGUGCUGGGCAGCGGUGCUGAGAAAGGGCCUCCGGUUCGUGCGCCUUUCCUGAGCACUUCCUGGUAGUGGUGAGUGGGUUGCAGCGAGUUUAACAAAAGCACCAGAGCCAGUUCUUAGCAGUCAUCUUUUAUUUGACCUUGUCAUUUUUUUAAGAAACAUUUCCCCCCCGCCCCAUUACAAAAUAUGGUAUUUUUAUUGCAGUGAAAUGAUAACCAGAUAGUAACAGUU